AUCAACCGUUUAAUGGUUUUCCUUGAAUAAUUUAUUCUGCUGCAGUAUAAUAUUUUAUUUACAUUGUACAUGGUUGUGACCAAUGUGUAACAAAUUAUUAAAUAGCAAGAAAUGUGUGUCAGUGUUUCGAUUUAAUAAAAUUUAAGGGAAUUCCCUAUUGGAGAGUUUACCCUUCAAGUAGCGGUAAAUAGGAGUCAACAAUGAAAAAAAUGUGGUACAGAUCGAGGAAAAACCAACUUGUUAUAAUAAUAUUACUUAUAUUUUCAUUAUUUUAUUAUAUAUCUUUAAGUAAUAACUUACAUCGAGAACCAAACUUGGAUAUAACAAGAAGUGAUGGUAUUGUGGGUGAAAUUAAUCAUCAUUCCGUUGCUAGACCGCAUUGGGACCAAACUAACAUACCGGCUAAUCUUAACAGAAAUUCUGUAAUAGAAUACAUAGAGAAGCGUCUCGAAGAAGCGCUACAACAGGACAAAGGCACCGGGUGUGAGAUACCCCACCUCGACCCGUUCGCACAAGAGGUCACUAAGUUUGAUAAGGAACUGCCAAAAGUUGUUUGUGAGGGGCAGGAUUGGGUUAAAUGCUAUCUAUCACAAUGCAAAGUGGUACCCGACAUUUUAGAAACUACCCGCGAUAUAAUAUGCACGUACAACGAUAUUUUGUAUGAAAGUGACAAAAAAUACACCAUUGGACCCCCCACGGAAGUUAAAGGGGGGGAUCCAUACGAUCUGGUUAAAAGUGAUCAUGUGAAAAUCAAAUGUACUGGAAAACAUGAGAAUAGCAUACUACCCUCAAAAUGGAUGGGCCAUGGGGUGGGAUUUCGUUCGAUCCGUCCCAAACCCCCUCCCCCGGGACGGGAAGAAGCAUAUAAUAUUCUAUUUCUUGGUUUUGAUUCGACCUCAAAAAAUGGCUUUAUUCGACGAAUGCCGAAGAGUUUUAAAGUCAUCAAUGAGGUUUUGGGAGCUACUGUUUUGAAUGGGUACAAUAUAGUAGGCGACGGUACCCCAGCCGCUUUAUUUCCGAUACUAACUGGCAAGACGGAACUGGAGUUGCCAGAUGUAAGGAAGAAAAUGAAAAACAACGGCACUCUGGACUCUAUGCCGUUUAUAUUUUAUAAGUUACGGGAUGAUGGCUAUCGCACAGCAUAUUUCGAAGAUAUGCCCUGGAUAGGCACAUUCCAAUACCGUUUCAAUGGAUUCCUUCACCAACCAGCCGAUCAUUAUCUCCGAGCUUUCUAUCUAGAGGAGUCCGGUGAUGGUAAAAAGUGGUGGAAAAGAGGGGGGAGUAAGUACUGUGUGGGGGAUACUCCGCAGUAUAAGCUGAUGAUGGAUAUCACUGAUCAGUUCUUCAAGUUACCGGACAAGAAGUUCUGUUUCACGUUCAUAGCGGACAUCACCCAUGAUGACUUCAACAUGAUAGCCACGGCUGAUGAUGAGACGGCUGCCUUCUUGGAGAGGUUCAUCACCAGCGGGCUGGGUGAAGACACUGCUAUCUUGGUGUUCGGUGAUCAUGGGCCUAGAUACGCAAACGUCCGAGACACGUUACAAGGUAAACUAGAAGAGCGUCUCCCGCUCAUGGCGAUCAGACUGCCAGACGCUCUAACAAGGUCCCGACCAGACGCCAAACGCGGUCUGGUCGGGAACGCAGAAGUUCUGACAACACCGCACGAUAUACACGCCACUAUAUUGGAUAUAAUGGGUCUGACUAGAUAUUGGAAUCCGUACAGGAUCAAAGGUGCGGAAAAUACGAGGGGACUGAGUUUGUUGGAACCGAUAUCCCAAAACCGUUCGUGCAGCGAAGCCGGGAUAGAACCGCACUGGUGUUCCUGUUUGUCCUGGGAGAGGGUGGAAACGAGUGAACCGAUAUACGAUAAGUGUACAAAAGCCAUCGUAGAUUAUAUCAACUCGCUCACUGAGAGUGUUAGAUCAAAAUGCAUCCCUCGUACAUUACAAACAACAUCGUGGGUACUAAGACAGCGCCCAAAUAACGGAGUGCUAACAUUCGUAGCGGCGAAAGACGCGGACGGUUAUGUCGGCAAGUUCGGUGCCCGGGUGAGGCCUGAUAGAGAGAAUUAUCAGGUUAAGAUUUCCGUGGGACCAGGAAAGGGUAUAUAUGAGGCUUCUGUGACUUAUAUUGUUAAGGAAGAUAGAUUCGAAAUUGAUUCCAGAGACAUUUCCAGGACAAAUGCGUAUAACAACGAGCCGAGCUGUAUUAGCGCAACGCAUCCACACCUCAAUAUGUACUGUUACUGUAGAGAUUAUAGUUAGAAAUUAUUAUAUUUAUUAUUUGUAUAGAAUUUGUAAUUAAAAAGAGCGUGUGUACUGAGCACACGUGUCAGGAGUGAAACUUUUUGGCGAAGAUACCAAAAUUAUCGCCUUGACGUGACGUGACGUGACGGUAUUGCCAGAAAAUUUUACUCUC